GAAGAUGGAAGGCUACAAACUGUUCCUGGCCUUCCUCGCCUCCGCGUUGCUGCUCGGCGUCCUCUCCGUCGCCUUCGUCCUGGUCUGGGUCCUGAACUACCGCGAGGGGCUCGGCUGGAACGGGGACCUUCCCGAGUUCAAUUGGCACCCGCUCCUCAUCAUCACGGGCUUCGUGUUCAUCCAAGGGAUCGCCAUUAUUGUAUACAGGUUACCAUGGACCUGGAAAUGCAGCAAAUUUUUGAUGAAAUUAAUCCAUGCGGGGUUACAUACCGUUGCUCUGACACUUGCUAUUAUUUCCCUGGUGGCUGUUUUUGAUUUCCAUAAUUUUAAGAAGAUUCCUAACAUGUACAGUCUACACAGUUGGAUUGGAUUGACUGCCGUAAUUCUUUAUGCUCUACAGCUUGUUUUAGGCUAUAUGGUCUACCUACUUCCCUUUGCCCCAACUUCUCUCCGGACAGCUGUUAUGCCAAUACACACAUAUUCAGGUCUUCUCAUCUUUGGAGCAGGAAUUGCCACAGCCCUAAUGGGAAUUACAGAAAAACUUUUUUUUGCUCUAACGGAAAAAACAGUCCCCUAUAGCCAGUCCCCAAAAGAAGCUAUUUUUGUCAAUGUUCUGGGUGUCCUGAUUGUCGCCUAUGGGGCUGUAAUUUUGUGGAUAGCUACAAGGCCUCAUUGGAAGCGCCCACUCGAACACGUUUUCGUAACCCAUCAAAGAAUUGGAGAAGGAUUCGGUGAAGAUGACUGUCAUAGUCCAGAUUUGGAAUUCAACAGUGAUGCAGCUGCUAGGAAAAGAAACCCCAAAUCUGAUGAAACUGGACAGAGAUCAACUAUGUAAAGAAAGUAUAUAGCAAAAUUUGCAAUGAAGAAAACUCACUCUCCCUUAUUCUCUCCCAGCUCUUUGACACACUAUACUUUGCUUUAUUAAUAUUGUUAGAAUUUCCUGAAUAAAUGAGAAGAGUUAGUAAAGAGUUUAAUUUUAGAAGUAUCUAUUUUCAUAUGAUGCCACUAUGGUAACUUGUACUGUAUUUCUUGAUAAUUUUGAAAAACAAAAUCUGGAAUUAUAACCAGGUCAACUACAAUAAACGCUUUUUCAUUGA